AGUUCUAACGUUCUAAUCUUUAGAUUCGAAAUAAUGACGUUAUCAAAAACAAAACACAGCGAAAGGAUGAGUUUUUUUUCUGCACUGAGGAAAGAUUUUCAAAGAUGAGAAGGAGUCAGAACGAGACACCUCAGCAGCAAACUAUACUACAAAUAAGGGGAGGCAAAAAGGACAUACUGUCCAGCAAAAAUGCAGGGAUGACAAUCACUCCAGAACUGAGUAGCAGUGCACCACAUCAGCAAACUGAAGGACCUGAGCGAGAUCCGGCACACAGUGAAGAUAGCCCGGGCACCAUAGAAAAAGAGAACAUUCAUCUAUCACCCAUUAAAACCACCAGAUCAACUGCUCCCACAAAGAUCUCAGGACAGGUUGAACUAGCAUAUGCUGGUCUUGCAGCAAAGAACCCUGAGAUGCUGAGAUUUUUCAAGAGGAGUCAGAGACUGGAUCUGAACAGAUUUUCUUCAUUCAGAGACAUGAUGCGCUGGGAAAAGAAAAAUGAAUAUAAAUAUAGCCUGGAUGCCACGGAAAAAGAGAACAUCCAUCUAUCACCUAUUAACACCACCAAAACAAUCCCUCCACUAAUGAUCUUAGAAGAGGUUGAAGGAGCAGAUGCAGUACUUAGACCAAAAACGCCCAAAACACCAAGAAAGCAGAGAAUGGAUACAGUUGGUCUUUCCCCAUUCAGAGGCAUGAGGUGUGAGGAAACGACAGAUGAUCAGAAACAGUUUCUGAACAUCAUGGAACCUGUGACAAGCAUAUACAUGAUGAACUAUUCAGCAAAACAGAAGGGGGUGAUAACAUUUAAUUUUGAGAAGGAUGUGCAGAAUCUGAAGGACAAUAUUAACUCCAUAAGAAUGUCCACCUAUAUCCAGUUGUACAAAGAAUCUGACCAGUCUUCUGUACCUGAACUUAAAUAUGAGGAUGAGGGCAUCUUGGCUGCUCCUGAAAGCAUGCACGAACUUGCUGAACCUCUGACAUCAAAAGUCAAAUCUGACUUUGUUUUGGCUACAACUGUUCUUGAGAAAACCAGACCUUUUGAUGUUACCUCUCAAAUGAUUCAGAUGACUGGAUUCCAGGAAUAUGCUUGGCCUGUCCCUUCACCACCUUCUGGUGAUAAGCCAAAUGUCCCCUGAGGUGGACACUCAGUAAAAGCCAGGUCUUUGCCGAACAUUUUCCUGAAUGUACAGUGAAAAUGUCAUUCUUGACCAGUCUCACCAAAAGGUGAAGGCAGUGAGGAAACCAUGAUGAUGUUUCCCAAAAAGUAUGGCACAGUAUGGCAUUUUUUUUUUUUACUAAAAAUAAAAUAAUACAAACAAAAUUAA